ACUUGUUUUUUAGGACGACGCCGUCAAAGCUGAUCGCCCCAGUAGAAAUUAGUCACUGCAACGUGUUUAGGAGUAAGAAGAGGCACAUCAGCAGCAGCAGCAACCACCACAACAACCGCGAUCAUGCCGAGGGAAUCAACGCAGGAGUGGAUGCGGCUCUCUUUGCGCACUCCGGGCAUCCUGAUCUUCGGGAUGGUCAUGGCUCCCUGCGGCUGGGUGCUGGACUUGGUCGCGACCGUGGCCCCAAACUGGAGGACUCUGAACGGUAUUAGCAAUCUUCCUUCCGAUAACUUCAUUGAACAAGGAAUCUGGGAUAUUUGUAUUGCAUCCACAAUAAGCUCCGGUGCUCGGUGCGGCCAAACGGACACCCAGUACUUCAGUAACAAGAUCAUACAGCCUGCACAGGGUAUGAUGGUGGCCUCUCUCAUCGUGACUCUAAUCGGGUUGGCUGUUGCCAUCCCGGGGGUCCGCUGUUGGAAAGACAGGCCUAACUGGGUAGUUGCCGGUGUGGGUGGACUGCUGAUCUUUUGCUCAGGCGUCUUGACCAUCAUACCGAUCUCUUGGUACACGCACAGCCCCCCAAACAUCACAACGCCCAAUGUCAAUACAGCAUCGAUAACUCCGCGAGUCGGCUACUGCAUCAUUCUGGGCUACAUCGGCGGGAUAUUUGAAGUCUUGGGCGGUUUCGUUAUGUUCAUCGGGAUCUGCCGCUGCUGCGGAGGGAAGAACCGAGGAGAGGUCCGGGUUGAAGAGGUCAUGCGUCGCAGAGAACCGAAGACCCCGGUCAGGCGCGUUGAAGUGCCGAAUCUCAGUCGGGCCAGGAGCGCUGCCAGCAACAGUAGCGUCCCGUACUCCAGGGACUCAAUGGAUGACGAUGUGUCCUUCCCACGGGCCAAGAGCCCCCCUGCCCGCUCAGUGAACACCGUCAACAGCAGACCCUUUGAUGCCGACCUCUGAGAAGCCAACAGUACCCUCCACAACUGACCAUCAACACAGCAAAAGAAAACUUUGAAAACUGGACUAAGAUGAAAAAUCUUUUAGCAGAUUACUGCAAUAGCACAAGAACGUCAGAACACACUCCUAGAGAUAUUUUAGGGCCAUAAAGGAAUUUUUCAGUGGUAAGAGAUCCAAUAACCUACUUUAGAUUCUCUGUUGCAGUGUUUCAUCGUUAAAAGUUGAAGGAAAUGGAACAUAAAAGUUUGGUUAAUGUAGGUGUGACAUGGUCAUGGCUGCUUAUUAAUGUGACUGUGGGUGGACCAGACCCCCUGAUUGUAGUUAAAUUAUCAUUGCAAUAGAUUACAGUCAAGUGGUGUCCAGUGUAUAUAGUCCAGUGUAUAAUGGAUAAUAUAAAAAUGGAAGGAGCCAGCCUGGAAUGGAGGGCUCUAGAAUAUUAAAAAAGAAAAGUAAAUAACAUUAAAAUUGAUUCAUGGAGGAAAAAACUAUAUUUCUUGAUGAUAAUCUGUGUAAAUUCUAAAUAUGAUUCUACGCUGUAAAUAUCCCUCAUCCUGAAGGGCGCUUGGGCAUUUUAUUUUCUGUGUAGCUGUGUGGCUACAUUAAAUCUUCCAGCCUUUUUUCUCUUUCAUGUAAUUGCUCUAUAGUGAUGUACUUUACAGUCCCUUCAUCUUAAACCCUGAAAUGAUUACUGUUGUACUCAUUGAUCUGUGAUACAUAUGCUGGUAAUUAAAUUUGCUCUCCAUUUCCUAACAAGAUGUGACUGUCAAUUCUUUACAAACUUUUCUGACAUUAUGAUGGAAUGUAACGAAAGUAGUAAAGCAACAAUUUCAACAAAGAAAGCUCCAUAACAGAAUGAACAUUGAUGCUGAUUUAUAACAGGACUAUAGAAGAGUCAUAACUUUGGCAAUAUGUUCUUUGAUCAGCAGGCACGUUAUGUGAUCCAUUGCUUUGCCAUACUUAGUCAAAUGUAUAAAAUGUGGUACAUUGCACAAUGAUAUAUAUUUUUCCUCUCACCCUGUUUGCUGUCUUAACCUCACCAGUAUUCAGACAAUGCAGUCUGACCGGUCUGAGAGGUUGGUUUCUUUGUUUAUCUUGUCCAACUACAUUAUCUCUUUUGUUUCAGAUGCCUUAGCAUUUGAAACGAGGUGAAAAUGUAAUGAACGUUUGUCUUUCUAUAGUCUCCAUUAAGUCCUUUGUGAAUAAACAGGCUUGCAAAAUGGCAUGGUUUUUCCUGCAGGACCUGUUGCAUGUUACAACAAUGGAACGGACAUAGAUGAUGAAUAAGAAUGUUUUUAUUACAGUUCUUUGUGUGCUGACACUGCCCCGAAGAACAGAUCAACUCUCAGCGGUUAAACUGAAGAAUAAAGACAGAAAAUAAAUUGAAUGGUUCUAAAUUGUUUAUAGAUGUGAAUAGUUGGCUGUGUCUCUGUCAUGGCUGCCAGCUGGGAUACAGUUCCUGCAACUCUGAAGUGGACAAAUGGUUAAGAAAAUGAAUGGAUGCAUGGAUGAAAACUCAGUAAUGUCACAGUUCUUCAGUUCCACCUGAAAAAUGGCAAAAAUAUAGCACAGAUUUGAGGAGGGACUGUGUUUCUUCACACUGCUAUGGAUUAGAAUGCCUUGAACACCUUACUAAACAAGAUUGGUGUAAGUGCUAUUAUUUCUACAUUUGUCCUUACAUCAUUUCCCCAUUUUAAUUAUUUUAAAAAAAAAUUAUUUUUAGGUUAAAUGUUGUGGAUGGUCAAGACAAGCCACAUCACAUGUUGUGAUUAUAAUAUGAUACAUUUAACUAUCAUACAAGCUAUAUCAUGUGACAUAGUCUGGUCAGUCUGAGAGGUUGAGUUUUUGCAUAUCAUCCAACAACAUUAUCUCUUUAAUUUCAACUGUAUUAGCAUUUGAAAUGAGGUAAAAAUGGGGAAAAAGCAAUUUUCUCAGUUAACUUUUUUUUAACUAGUGCUUGAUCACAGGAAAUCAUGUGUUUGGUUUGGUCAAGUAUCCAUCGUAAAUAAGUAAGAGUAACAUUUAUUACUCUUACUUAUUACUCAAGUAAAAGUAAAAAGUUAAAAAAAAUAAUAAAAAAAAUUACUCAAGUAAUCUGGUGAGCUUGUUUCUAGUACUGUACAGUCUUUAUCUUACAGUAUAAAGAAACUUGAGACAACUGCUCCUGUGUUUUGGAGCAUUAUAAAUAACAUCCAAUUUAAUUGAAAUAAACACUCCAAAAUUGAAAAACAUAUGCUUUGUGUGUCAGGGUUAGUACAAAACCCAGUGUUGGACAAUGUAUUUGUCCAACACUGGGUUAUAAAGGAACCUUCCACUUUACACGAAAGCAGUUUUGCGUUAUGCUGCCUGGACAGCAGUAAUUGUCAAUGAAGUUUCUCUCCUCUUAUCUUGAUCCAUUCAUCCUUGACCUCUCCACUUUUGCUUUUGUCACGUGACUUUUAUCUAAGAAAACCCCCUCUUUGUAAUGUAGCAUCUAAUGGACUUGUCAGAUAAUUGUGUUGCAGUGACUGUUACAACAAUUAUUUUUACAUGCAGCGGGACCAAAGGUCAGAGUUCAAAAGUAAAAAUGUUCCAGAUUUGUUAGAUAAUGUUUAAUCUGAAAAGUUAUUAUCGCGUACAACCCUAUUCCCUACACUCUGUGGAGACAUCCACACACACUUCAGAGGGUCAGCAAGCCCCAGGCCCAGUGCUCUGCUGGGUGUCGGGUGGUUCUUGGCCACCUGGAGCCUUGCUAUUGGCUCGUGGCAGCAUGGCUGUCCUCUGGAAGGGUAGGCACCUUGUUACUUCUGGUCCACUGGCUGUGGCCCAUGAGAGCUAAAUUUGGGGCCUACCACCACCACCUGUUUUGGCUUGGUUGGGAACACAGUUGCCACUAGAAGUGUGGCAUUGGGUCUUCACUACUGGUUGGGGGGCUGCAGAUGACGUGGGUCUCCUAUGGCCUUUCUCUCUCUGGCUCCUGGAGGGCACUAUUGUGGCUUCUCAUUCUCAUCAAGUAUGUUUCGUGACAAAGACGCACACACCGUCUUCAUAAAAAGAUUUAAAGAUGCUGAUCUCCUUGACCAUUACCAGAUGAGGUUCCUUUCUGAAAACGAGAGUAGAGGUUUGAGGCAAACUUCAACUUGUUCCUAUACUUCCAAGGUGCACAGAGAAGAGAAUAAGAUCUGCAGAAAUGAACGCUCCAGUAACAUACAGUAUAAAAAACAAAAGGAAGGCCACAAGCCAAAGUAUGGUGGGCAAGCACUUUAUUUUUUAAUAUCAAGUGUUUAAUAUUAAUAUUAAGACAUAUUUGAGAUUACAUUUACUGUUUGAAGCCUUGUUAGUUAAUAACUAAGAAAGCUGCUUUUGUAUUUCUCCAUUUAAAAAACAAUCCACUGACACUGUGGUAACUUAAAUCUUUUUUAUCCUCUUUUGAAUACAGAGAAAUCUGGCCCAUUGUAUAGAAACUGUUUUAUUGUUCAAUCCCCUGAAACAUUUUAAAAUCCCAGUUUCAAACCUUUAGAUCUCAGCAUACACAGAGCACAAUGUUUCUUUAUAGAUUUUCGGAAGACAAAAGUCCAAUUUUGCUUAUAUUCUGACAACCAGGCUUAUUUUUUUUAAUGUUAUAAUAAGAAUAUAUAUUUUAAGAGAGUCUAGAGGGUCAGUGUAGUAUUCUUUUUUGGAGUAAAAAGUGUCCUGAGACAUCUGUGGGUGGAGACUAUGGGCCAGUAAGGACUUGCAGAUGCCCUUGGAAGAUGGGUGUGACAGUCUUUCUGUCAAAAGUCUUUUUAUUAGACAAAGGUUCCAGUACAACACAAAAUACAAAGUACUUCAGAAUUUUCGGGUGUGACAGUCAAACAAUCAUAAGUCAAACUUCAAAGACAAAUUUUCUCCCACAAAACGCUAUAUCCCGAUAAACAGAACUUUUGGAGACAAAUUUUCAAAGUGCAGCAGAGAUGGCAAAAGUACACACUCACAUUACUUGAGUUGAAAUACUUGUGUUGAAAAGUACUCUGGCAAAAGUGGAAGUGGCGAUUUAACUGCUUUACUUAAAAGUUGAAAAAGCACAGUCUCUGAAAUAUACUCAAAGCACAGAAGUAAAAACGAGCCCCCCCAUGUUAACUUAACCUUUUGAAUUAAUAUAAUGACAAAAUAACGUUAACAGGAGGGACUGAAGUUUAUUCUAACUGAAAUGCUACUUUUAAAUAAUUCCCACAGCUUGAGCAUCCGUGAUAUAGAGCACACGCAGAGAACAACAAAGGAAAUUUUUAAAAAAUUGCUCUGUCAGGUACAGAUGGGUGAGCUUGCCCCUCCACAAUUAAACAGGAAAAUUCAUGCAAGCACAUGUUACAUGCCUGAUUUCCCACAGAUAGACAGUAUAAAGCUGGUUAAAAGGUAGAAUUUGAUCAAUCAGCUUAAAUUUCAUUUGAUGUGAAGCACCCUUCAUGUAGCCUAACAUUAACUCAUGAAAACCUCACUGCACUAGACCCAUAUAGCGAUUUAAACUUUACCAAAGCCCUUUAAACUCAGUGUGGCCUACACUAAAUGUCCCAGUAUUUUUAUACAACCUUUAAAUAAUAGUUGAAUAAAAGUUCCUGUUCAUAGAUCCAAUAUCUGAUCAAAUAACUCUAAAACGAAUUGGGAUGUUAUAAGCUGAACUGUCCUUACUCCUUCCUUGUUUGUCCUGGCUUUCUUAUAUCCUCUCUCUCAGUGAAGCCAUCUCUCAUUUCUUGCUUUCACUGAAGUACAGCAGCUGUAUGUUUGGCUUGCAGGCAUAGUGUGACAAACUGCACAGAAACAGGCUGUGUUUGCUCAUGUUUGGUGAAACGUUGCAUUUGCAACAUUUAAAAGUGUUACGCUUGCUCCUCUUCUAUGAGCUAGAUGUUGAACUACCCUGACAACAGCUUAUUAACACCACCAGUGAUGGAUACAGUAAUAGUACCGUCUUGUGUUACUGCUCCCAGCAUUUAGGUUCAAAUCAGUCUGAUGAGUCUAAUAAACAAUAUCCUCAUUUCCUGCAUACAGUGGCUGACCAUACAGCCAAAAGCCGACUCAUGAGGAAUUUGUGUAAUCUUGAGUAGUUAUACUUGUGGGAUGUACUUCUAAUUGCAUAGCCAUGAUACAAGUAGCUCCUCCUUCUGCAAACAAGCAUGCAAAGUCUGUGCCUUAUUAGGACAGCAAGUGUUGACCUAGUUAUACCCUGAUGGCAGAUGCUUCCACUUUUUUGUUAUUACACAUCUUAUUAUAUGGCAAAACUGGUUAGGUUCUCAGCCAUCAUGUCUGAGUUUAGUAAACACCGAACCUGAUAUUAUCAUGUCACUGGAUGCCAGAAAAAGAGGUUUACUGUAACAGGGGCUCAAAGACAGCCUACCCUGAGUGAUAAAACACUGUGACGCCCUGCAAUAUAAGCAGACUGUCCAGUUAAUCCCGCCCCCCAAAACAAAACCCACAGAGUGAGAUGUUCUCUAUCUAUAUAAUUCAAAGGGUUUACAAGCUAGUGGAAGACACUUGAGAAUGCAUACAUUGAGAAACCCUGCUCAUCAACAAUAGUCAUAUUAAUAUAAAAAUUCAACACAUGUACACACAAAAACAUGAUAAUCUUAACAAUAUUGAGUGUUGUAUAUGGGAGCUCUGAAAAUCUACAGUAACAUUAACAUUUUGCAGUUUUACCCUGUUGUCAGAGAAGCAGACAUUUGCAAAACAUUACUGAGUUGUUGAUGAUUAGUUUACAUUUGUGAUUAUCAGUAUUCACCAGGUGAAACAUGACAACUGUGAACAUGUGAAAGAAUUAAUACAGUAGGCACUUAACACUGGCUACAAGCUUGAGGAACUUGACUAAUUAUUCAGCACCAAGAUGCUAUGUAGUUUUCAUGUUUACAGGACCGGAAGUGUACUGAGUGGUAAUCAGUUUAUAGGCUGAAAUUCAAAGAGCACACAAACUCAUUUAAAAGCACAUGUACUGUCAAGUUUUAAACAUGCCAAGAUUGAAAUCUGCUCUGACCACUCUCCUAUCAUCUGUACAAUAUGCGCAUGUUGUUGACA